GGAACUUCGGGAGUGCCACAGCGUUAUUGUUGCUUGCCUUCAAACUUGUCGACGAAAGAAUAUCAACCGCGGACUCUGAAAGGAGCUCCAGAAGCGGACAUGGAUUUCGCAGGCUGAGCCGCCAUACUCAAUCAAGUAAUUAUUUCCCACUGAUAACGGAUCCGCACCUUCAGUUGGCGUGCAGUUCAUGGCGGGGUGGAGGGGAUUGACAAGGUCACUGCUCGAUAAUUCGCAGACGCGACGGCGCAAUGGAGUGGUCCAUGAAGAUAACGAUAGCCUUGGUCUGAAUAAGAUAUAAUAAGGAGUCAACCUCCCUUGAUUGAUCUUUUAUCCUGUAGAGCACCAACGAAGUCUUCUAUCCCGCCUUCGAACUUCAAAGUGUUUUGCAUAGGCUCGGAGACCCAAGGAUUGACAAUUCGACAGUCACUCAAUUCACGAUGGAGAUUGUCGACCGCGUCAAACAGGUCGCAUCUCACCUGACCGGCCAAGUUGAGCCGCACCCAUUCGACCCACUUACAGAGUCGGAGAUCGCGAAGGCCGUCAGCAUAAUCAAGAAAACGUAUCCUGAUCUACAUUUCAACGCAGUGACACUAUGGGAGCCCCGAAAGAAAGAAAUGCAGGCGUGGCUUGCGGAUCCAAAAAAUGUGCCUCGUCCUCAUAGAGUUGCGGACUGUGUGUGCAUUGGAAGGGGCAGCAAGGUCUUUGAUGGCCUCGUCGACUUGAACGAGGGCAAAAUCGUCCAGUGGGAGUUGACCGAAGGUGUGCAACCCUUAAUCACUAUGGAGGACCUUCAGAUCGUCGAGACCGUCGUCCGAAAGGACCCAAAGGUCAUCGAACAAUGCCGCUUGAUCGGCAUCCCAGCCGAAGAAAUGCACAAGGUAUACUGUGACCCAUGGACAAUUGGCUACGAUGAGCGGUUUGGUAGCAACGUGAGAUUACAGCAGGCACUCAUGUACUACCGUCCCGACAUCGACGACAGCCAGUACACCUACCCGCUGGACUUUUGCCCCAUUUUCAAUGCAGACACUCAUGAAAUCAUCCACAUUGAUGUUCCACCGGUCAGGAGACCCAUCAACAAGGCGCCACCGAACAACUUCCAUUCAGCAGCUAUUGAAAAGGAGGGUGGCUACCGAACUGACUUGAAGCCAAUCAACAUCACACAGCCUGAGGGCGUCUCAUUCAAGGUCACUGGCCGGACGAUCGAAUGGGUGAACUGGAAGGUUCAUGUUGGCUUCAACUAUCGCGAAGGCAUUGUUCUCAGCAACAUUACUUUCAACGACAAGGGCGAAGAACGGCCUAUCUUCUGGAGGUUAUCGCUAGCUGAGAUGGUCGUUCCGUACGGUAAUCCUGAACAUCCACAUCAGCGCAAGCACGCAUUUGAUCUCGGUGAAUAUGGUGGAGGCUAUAUGACCAACAGCUUGGCGCUAGGUUGCGAUUGCAAGGGCUCAAUCCAUUACAUGGAUGCGAAUUUUGUGAACCGUGCUGGAGAGCCAUAUACAAUCAAAAACGCCAUUUGUAUCCACGAGGAAGACAACGGGAUUCUGUUCAAGCACACUGACUUCAGAGACGAGUCAGUGUGCACCGUCACUCGUGCUCGCAAGCUCAUCAUCUCUCACAUCUUCACCGCUGCAAACUACGAGUACUGCGUGUAUUGGAUCUUUCAUCUAGAUGGCACGAUUCAGCUUGAGAUCAAGCUUACUGGUAUUCUAAACACCUAUGCCAUGCUCCCAGGCGAAGAUACAAAGGGCUGGGGCACAGAGGUCUAUCCAGGUGUGAACGCUCACAACCACCAGCAUCUGUUCUGCCUACGCAUUGAUCCAAAUAUCGAUGGACCAAACAACACGGUCUUCCAAGUUGACGCUGUACAAGGCCCUGGUGAGGUCGGCAGUGUCGAGAACAAGUAUGGUAAUGCUUUCUACGCUAAGAAGACGAGACUAGAAACUGCGGGUACUUCAGCCUGCGAUUAUAAUGGCAACACUAGCCGAACUUGGGACAUGUCGAAUGAAAACAGGAUCAACCCGUACAGCAAAAAACCAGCCACUUACAAGCUCGUUAGCCGUGAAGUGCCACCACUUCUGCCUAAAGAGGGAGGCCUUGUCUGGAAGCGCGCUGGUUUUGCUCGCCACGCUGUGCACGUUACCCCUUAUGAUGAUUCGCAGAUUCACCCAGCCGGUCGUCACGUCCCGCAAACGUCGGGUGAACCAUCAGUAGGUCUACCGGCGUGGAUUGCAGCCAAUCCUUCCGCAUCACUUGUCAACACAGACGUUGUACUGUGGCACACUUUCGGACUCACCCAUUUCCCUGCUCCAGAGGACUACCCAGUUAUGCCGGCUGAGCCAAUGACUGUCCUUUUGCGUCCACGAAACUUCUUCCUGCGAAACCCAGCUCUUGAUAUCCCACCAAGCUACUCGAGCUGCCCGAGCGGCAAGGGCACGAAGACCCUCGUCGAUAAGCUGAGUGAAUUGGCCUUUGGCGAGAAGAAAUGUUCCAAGUGCUGAAUGUUCCCAUGCAGUCCUUUUGAGACGUUGUCGUAAUUAGCGAUAUCGUAUGACAGGCGAAUGGUGUUGCUGAUAACGACGGAAAAUAACUAGUCUUAGUUUCAGGUCCUUCUUAGUAAAUUCACAUAUCCAUUGUAUACCUCAGCAAAUGUGC